UUUAGCAUCUGGUCUGCAUGGGAGAUGUGAUUUGUGCGAUUGUAUUUACAGUCUGUGUUUAUAAAUGUCUUGGAUGCUCACUGUCAUUUAGUCAAUAUUUACAGCUUACUUGAAAUCUUGAAUUCUGUGCAUUUGUCAUGUUGAAGCAAUGUUUGCAUGACCUGUGUUGUGUGAUAGUAGACUAAGCGAUAUGCAUGCCAAGCCUCUGGUUUUUAACUAUAAGAUCAGCCUUAGUUCCUUGAACACUUGCAACAUUUUUGAGCUUUUAUCUUUUUUGUGUGAGGUGUAAAGCUGACUUGGAGUUCUCUGAGUAUAGUCAAAAGAAACAAUCUGUCUUUAUAUAUAGGUACUAACAUAGUCAGAAAAACUGUAGCAAUGGCUUUUUGUUUUCACUGUUAUAUGGUUGUUAUUCCAAAGUCUAGAGCACUUCCAGUCUUAGGCAAACAAAUGCAGUAAGAAACUGACAGUGUCAUACAUUUAGUGGUGAUUGUCAUCAUCUCUUUAGCUGUUUAAGAAAUAGUUAAAACUUCUGACCAAAAAGUAUCAGUUUUGAGGUGAGCUUCAUCACAAAAUAAUUUAGUAUUAAAUUUGUUGGAGUCCCUGAUAGAUGCUUGCCAAUGAAUGUAUUUCAAUCGUAAAAGAUAUUCAGCAUGCUCUGUGGAAGAAUUGUGAAGGACUCUCUGCAUAACCGGAGUUGCAAUAGAUAGUUAAAAACACUGAAUCUAUAGUGCUGGAAAUGCUAUGCUUUAUUUUCCCAAUAAAUUGUGUCUUGGGAUAGUAUGUGUAAUUUUUAAAAGACGCUAUAUUUCCUCUUUCAUGUCACUGCUUUGUCUCUUGUUGCUGUAUGUGUUAUCGUUAAAUAAUUUUAUUCUUUCAGUGCUAAGGAUGGAUGCUGGUUAUAUUGAAAUCUGGCUAUAUUGUUGGCUUUUUUAUUUUCAACAAUUUCUUAAAAAUUAAUGUUAGAACUGCAGUUUUUCAUGAAAAGCAAGUUUAAGUGAAUGCUAUUGCGAGGAUAUUUGACACAUCCGUGAUCUCAUUGAACCAAUUUAAUAUCCAAGUUGGCUUUCUCUCUUGCCUUUUUUUAGUCAAGUAUGGCUCUGAAAGAACUCUUACUUUUCUCACUUUAUGCUUAUUUUUGAAGAUGACUAGGUAGUGUUAGUGGUGGGUCAAAACUGCUGUGAAUUAAAUGUAGAGGAUGUGUAUGGAUUAAGAGUAGAUGAUGUGUACUAGUCCUGGUGUGGAUCAAGAGUGAUCUUUUCUUUACAGCCUUAAAAUUUCAGGGGAGAGCAGUUUCCCUGGUUUGAUCUAUUGCAUGUGCACAAAAACAUUUGUUAUAGUUGAAGUAGCAAAGGGGGUGCUAUUUAUUUCAGAAGCUGUGAGCUGAUGCUAAUUCAAAAUGUUUAUUAGGUAGUGACACCAUUUCCACAAAAGCCCUGUACAGACAGCUGUCACUUCUAUAUAUUCAUGCAGGCUGCCUGGCAGCAAAAUGAUGUUUAUUCCCAUGGAGGCCACUUUCACACAAUAGAAAAUAGUAUAAGCAAUUUAGUAAUCCAAACAAGUAUGACUAAUCUGUUAAAAACUAUGGGAGAGAGUAAUAUUUUUUUAUUAUUAUUAUUAAAAAUAGAUGCUUAAAAGCACAAGCAGAUAAUGUUCUUCAUUUCUUUUCUUCACUUUUAAAAGUCUCCUGAAAAAAGGUUUUUCUCUGCUCCUAAGUUUGAAAAGAACAUAUUUCCGAUUAUGUUUUGAACUGCUCUGAGCAGAAGAGGAAAAGGAAUUUGAAUGCAGAAGAAAACUGAAUGUUUGUGUGUAAUCCAAGAAAAACAGUCUACCAACCACUGCCACGUUUUCAUCUAUUGGUAAACAUCAGCUGCUGGUUGGUCUUAAGGGAGGAAGACUGAAUCAGUUCCAGAUGGAGAACUCUUUCAGCCCAUUUAAGACUUUCCAGUUGAUUUAAGACAGCAGGGAGAAAAAAUGGAAUGGACCAGAUGAAGAAGCAUGUGAAGCUUAUUUUUAAGCAAGAUGUUAUUUGGAGAACCAAGUACAUUUUUCAGGCCAUAGGAGAUGAAAGAUUAAUGACAUGAUAUUUUUGUUCUGUUGAAGUACUGUUCUGUGCUAAGUCAAUGUUGGUUUGUAUUAAGGACAAAUAUUAAUUUCUUAAUGUCAGCAUGUCAACUGUGACAAGUGCUCAGACACUGGAGGAACCUAAUCCUCCCCCGCCUGAAGAAAAGCCAAAGGGAAAAUCACUAUUUCUUUUGGGUUCACUGUUUGCGAACAGGAGUGAAAAAUUUGUAAUUGCUAGGAGUGAUAGUGUACCAGAGGAGAACGUUCUGAAAAUAACUAUCACGGAGACUACAGUCAUUGAGUCGGACUUGGGCAUCUGGAAUUCUCAUGCUCUCAUCUACCUCACUUUGUGGUUUUUCUUCAGCUUUUGCACUCUUUUUCUUAACAAAUACAUUCUUUCAUUACUGGAAGGAGAGCCCAGCAUGCUAGGUGCUGUUCAAAUGCUUUCAACCACCUUCAUUGGCUGUAUAAAAAUGUUUGUUCCAUGCUGCUUAUAUCAACACAAAACACGCAUCUCGUAUCCACCCAAUUUCAUCAUGAUAAUGCUGUUUGUUGGAUUAAUGAGAUUUGCAACAGUAGUCUUGGGUCUUGUCAGCUUGAAAAAUGUGGCGGUUUCAUUUGCAGAAACUGUUAAAAGCUCUGCACCUAUUUUUACUGUUAUAAUGUCUCGGAUGAUAUUAGGAGAAUACACUGGAUUGCUGGUUAAUCUCUCUCUCAUUCCUGUUAUGGGUGGCCUAGCUCUAUGUACAGCUACUGAAAUCAGUUUCAACAUUCUAGGUUUCUCAGCAGCUUUAUCUACUAAUAUCAUGGACUGUUUGCAAAAUGUCUUUUCCAAAAAGCUACUCAGUGGAGAUAAAUACAGAUUUUCACUGUUUACAGAUAGCUUUAACUUAAAUCAUUUUAUCAGACGAAGAAAACUCCUCUAUGCUCAGAUCCCACUGCGAGCCCCAGAACUUCAGUUCUAUACAAGUGCUGCUGCAGUGGUUAUGCUUAUUCCAGCUUGGAUAUUUUUCAUGGAUGUGCCUGUGAUUGGGAAAAGUGGGAGGAGCUUCAGCUACAACCAAGAUGUUGUCGUACUUCUCUUAAUAGAUGGAGUCUUGUUCCACCUACAAAGUGUUACAGCCUAUGCAUUGAUGGGAAAAAUUUCUCCUGUGACUUUCAGUGUUGCUAGUACUGUGAAGCAUGCGCUGUCAAUCUGGCUAAGUAUUAUUGUGUUUGGUAACAAAAUCACAAGCCUCUCAGCCAUUGGGACUGUUCUAGUGACAAUUGGAGUUCUACUAUACAACAAGGCAAAGCAGCAUCAGCAAGAGACUAUACACAGCCUGGCAGCUGCAGCCCCACAACCCACACAAAGUACAACUGAAGAUACUGAGCCACUAAUUUCCAAGGAUUUGGAACCGUAUGAUUAAUAUGGCCAUUUAUUCUCUUAACCUAGUGUAACUCAAAGGAAUUCUUCCUGAACGUGGUUAUUUCUUCAACUGUUGAUGUGAUUUGGUUCUUUUAAGUUCAUGCCAGGUGAAGCCUGGGACUUGAAGCAGAGAAAAAACAAUGGGAAGAAUCCAGUAAGCCUGAUUUACUGAGAAACUGAUACAGCAAACAGAGGACCUAGUCAUAUAAUGUGGUAAACGUGGGCUUUAUUGUCUUUCCGUGACUGCAAAUAACAUACAAGCCUAGAUUAGAGAAAAAAAUUUAGUGUCUUGUGGGAAAACAAUACCUUUCUCCCUACCCAUCAAAAUAAUGUGAAAACCUGGACACAUCACUGUAUUCUGCUUGCUUGCAGUGGAAUGAAAUUGGUGCAUAACUGAAAUUCCUAGUUGCUUGUUACUCUAUGCUGCCUGCAUCCUACAUCAUUUCUGUGCAUUGUAGAGCUGGAAGAAAGAACCCCUUCCUCUCCCAACAAAUGACUUGCUCUGGUAUAUGUGUAGGUGAAGCAAACUAUGGAAGUGAAUCCAUGCCCCAAAGCAGUGGUGAGCAGCUAUUUCUGACUACAAAACUCAGACUAAAAUUUAACGUGGAAAUAUUGAUCCUGGUUGUAUAUUGACAAUACUGAAAUGCAAGUAUACACACGUAUGCAUACACUGUAUAAAUGGAGUGUCGAAAUAAAUAUUUGCCGUUGCUUAGAGGUAAAAAACACUGAAAAACUUUGGUGAUAAAGGAAGCAGGAUCUCUGUAUUUCUGUAAGAAACUAUUUUAAGUUCUUGCAUUUUAAUAUGUAUUUCUGUUAUGAGGAAAUAAAUUGACUCUGGGGUAUUAUUUCUAAGAGUGCAACAAAAUACUGCCUUUCAGAAACUCAGGGUUAUAAAUCUGACCUAUGUGCGAAGUAUUUCUAUCAUUUCCAAUUAUGUAAAGAAUCUCGGAAGUAUCUCUGGCAGAGAUGGAAGAGAGUUCACUGAAGGGAGGAAUAUUAACCAUAAACUGAGGCUAAUCUUUAUUUCUACUGCUCCUAAUAAUUUUCUUUCUUAAGGAAAUUCUGUUUGUGGUAGAUCAAAGAUUAAAAGUUAACCUUCCUUUCAAAAAAAUUACAUUUUUAAGGAUUAGUAAUUAGUUUUGGCCAAAAAAUUCAAAUAGACUUUUUGGUAACAAAAUUGAAUUAACAAUUAAAAUGAGCUGACUUUUAAUAAUUACCACUCUUCUGAAGGAUUGUAGCAUGGAAUUAGAAGCAUGGAUAAAGUGGUGUUUAUGGUAAAAAUAACUUCUAAUAGGAAUUUACCAGUGGAGUUGCUGCAGAAUUUACAUGUGAGGUAUUCCAUUGGCUUUAGUGAACUAUUCCUUCAGAGAGCAAAAAUGUGUUCAAGAGGCUCUCUGGAGAAGCCCAUCUUCUGUUCAAAUAGUCUGUGCUUGCUUUGUCUUACACUUACUUCAGGUUACAUUCCUCUUCAUGACUGGUUGCCUGGGGCGUAUUCCCUGCAGAUUUGAGCGGGAGCAAUAUGUCAAUUCUUUUUCAUCAUUGUAUAUGUGAUGUCUGUGGGUUUUUGUUUCUUUCUACUACUAUCACUUUUACAAAAGCUGUGGACUGUGGGGUGGAGCUCUGUGUAUUUUUGAGGGUUUGUUGGUUGUUUGUUUGGUUUUGGUUUUUUUUUUUUUUUUUUGUAGUUAUGCUUUCAAAAAUCUCAGUGUAUUUGGCAGAAAAAGUCUGGAUUGUAUCAUAUUUCUACUCUUGUUGGAAGACAGAAACAUGACUAGCUGGCUGGUUGCCUAGCACCCUUCUGCAAACCCCUUCAUCAACUGACUGAGGUUCACUUUAAAAGCCAGCAUGCUUUUGCAUUUCCUAUUGCAGGAAAAACUUUUGUGAACCAAACAGCUGGGAGGAUUUUGGAACUUGUAAUUUCUAACACGUCUAAGCUUAUUAGUGGCUGGUUUAGCCCCACCUGUUCUGUGGCAGCAUGAUAAUCCUGUUUUACUAGGUGUUUGUUUUCACAGUGUUGAUCUUACGUACUUUUCAAUGCAGUUGUCUUGGCCUUUUAUUUCUUUUAGAUUAAACAAACCAACCUCUUUACAGUCCACUUGUAAGACCUUUUCUUCCUCUAGUCAUACGAGUAAUUCUUCUUUGCCAUUGUUCCUGUUGGGAAAAUGAGGACCAUUUUGUGCCAUUAAGAAUUCAUUAUAGCUGUGUGCCUUUUCAUGGCUUUGUACGAUGGUAGCCAUAACUGCCUGAUUUUUGUCUGGGAAGUCCUGUCUCCGAAAGAGAGUGUUCUUUUUGCUGGCGUUUCUACGGCCGCACCCUUGAUACUCGUGCACUGAUCCAGACCGGCUCUCUGAGCUAGAGCUAUGCCCAUUGUUUGUUUUACAUUUGUCAAGUGCGUUCUCAUAGAAACAGCACGUCUUCCUUAAAAUGUGAGUUCCUGAAAUACCACCAGGCCUUGCUGAAGAACACUGACUUGCCAUUGUGUUGCUUGUAGCAGUCAAUAUGUUUUUAAAAUUACAUUUCCCAGCUCAAAGAAUGGGCAGAUGAGGAAGCAGCUGCACCUAAUGAUCUUUUCUAUUGUGUGGUGCAUUGUAACCUCUAGUCAGGGUUAAGUAACCUCACAGCUUUAGGUGUGUUAUGUUCUAUCUGCCACUUUUCCUUUUUAGGAAUUGCCUUCUCACACUGAAUUCAUGUAAAUCCUAUUUCGUGCUGUGUUUGUUCAGUUGCCGCCUGUAUGCGGCUUGUUUAAAUGAUUGUUUAUCCGAUUGAACAGUAAUAAAAUUUAAUAUUGUUUUUUAUAUGUAAUUAUAAA